AUUAAUUUCUUUUAAUUUCUACUUAAUUUUUUUGUUUAAUUUCAUUUAAUUUAAUUAUUAUUGGAUUUUAUCGGCGACACACCUCUCCGACAAUCCUGGGUCCGCCACUGAUUAGAAGGCGCUCCAACCUUUAUUCAUGAACUAAAAUGAAAAGUGAAUGAUACAAGAUUCAUAAUUGAAUAAUCUACCAACAACUCGGGUUAUUGGAAUCAAAUGGUUUUUAACAAUUUUAUGAGACGAGUCAAACUGACAACCAUUGAUACUUUCCUGACAAUCAUCUUAUCCGAUUGCAAGCCUUUGGUUGAGGCCUCAGAGAAUGAGAAGUGACCCAACUCCUAAUUAUAUGAAGUGGUGCUGCUAUGCCCACUUCUCAAGCAUGACCAGCAUUUUGGGAAAAUACAGCAGGAUUAUGGAUUGGGUUGUUCACAAUGUGUACAACUUAGCUAUCUCUCACACGAUCGGAUUACAAUGUUAUUUUUAGUUAUUUUUCACCUGAUCGUUUGGAAGGAAAUGAAGUAAAUUUUGUCAUUGAAAAAAUAUUCUCUAUCCUAACAGAUCGAGGUGCCUUUGGACUCAAGCAAAAUCAAGGUAUCGCGUGCCUUUUUUCUCUCAUUUAAUUUGUUCCCCGACACGCCUCCAAUUAGCACAAUCACAAAGAAAGAGAUAUCUGCAACAUCUCUAUUUAAUGAUGUAUGUUAAUCUCUUGGGCCGGAUAUGACACAUACAAUGGCAACCGUUGAUGACCUUGCAGCGGGGGGAAUAAGAGGGGUGAUGCCGCAGCGAGCUCGUUCGCGUGAUCAUUUGGUAGAGGAGUUCGUCCCUUCCUCGGCUUGGGACGACGACAAUCACUCACACUAUCUCCUUAUAGAUCUUCCUGGGUUUAGAAAGGAGGAGGUGAGCCUUCAAGUGGACAGCGGAGGGAAGCAGAUAACGGUGGCUGGAGAGCGGCUAUUGAACCACAACAAGUACGUCUACUUCCACCAAACCUAUCAACUGCCCGAUGGGAUCUCCGACACCGAUAGGAUCACCGGCAAGUUCGACGGCGAGAUCCUCUACGUCACUGUCCCCAAGCACGUACCAGCAGCACAAGGCCGUGCUGCUGAGGCGGCUGCACCAGGAUCUCCAUUACCGGCCCAUAGCAAUCCUGAUGGUGAGAGGAUCGCGGCGGCAGGAAGUAGCUGCAGGAAUACUGCUGUGGCCGAGUUCGGUAAAGGAGACGUGGAGAAAUGGUGGGAGAGAGACUGCGGGGGAAGUUCGAAUUCAGUAAUGAGGAGAGUGAUUGAGAUGAUCGGCGAGCACAAAGGGAUUGUGACGGUGGCCGUGAUUGCGUUUGCAUUUGGAGUGUUGAUGGCUCCAAAGUUUGGCAUUUCACCACCGGCAGCAUAGAUAUAUAUUAAUAUAUACACGGAAGUUUGACUAUACCUGCUAGCCUAGCCUGCAUGGUUUCUUAACUUACUUUACUCAGCGAUGUAUGUAUAUGAUUGUACGUGUUAUAUGUAUAUGGCCAACAGGACAAUAGAACUACCUGGUUGGUCAUUAAACUGGAUUAAUUAAGCUAUAUAUGUAAGGGAGAUGUUACUUGUGUUAUGGUGUAACUUAUACAUAUAGGUAUCAAUCGGGCGGGUUCCGGCUGGGUUCGAGUUCAAAUGGGUUGCGGGUUAGUUGGGUUGCGAAUUCAUCGGGUUCGGAUUCAAAUGGGUUGCGGGUUCAAUCGAGUUGUGGGUUCAUCGGGUUUUGGGUCGGGCAGGUUGCGGGCGGAUCGGGAUGCGGGUUGUUCAGGUCAGCGCAUCAAGUAACUUACUCAUUACUCGUUACCAACUUACACAUUUUAUUACACUAAUUUAAAAUAUUUUUCUCAACUUUUUAACCAAUUUCUUUCUAUAUCGUAUAUAUAUACUUAAUUAAAAAAUACUAGUCAAAAUGUUGAAUCAAUUUGUAUGACUUGCAAAUUUGUUAAAUAAUUAAUCGUAAUUGGUAAAGUACACUAGCUAAUAGUAAUGGUGAUAUAAAUGAAACACCCUAACCCGGUCGGGUACUACUUUUACUAAAAUUCCCUUGACAAAUAAAAUACUCAAAUCCUAAAUUGCAGCGGGAAAAAUUUCAUAAACAGAAUACUGAAAACACACUUGUAGUUCAAAGCAAAGCCCUAACAAGUGGGCAAAUUAAACUCAAACUUUAAAAUCUCAAUCUGAUCUCAAAAUAAUCUCCAGUCUGUACUCAUAAUCAUAAAUGUAAUUAACUAAUAAACUCUGAAGUUGUUGCUACUGAAAACCUUGACUAAGCAUCCUCUGUGACGCUUAUGCUGCUCUUCCCUAGCUGGCUUGCCUCGAACAGCUUUCUCGAUCUCGCUACUCACUAAUUGCUCCUCUAGCUGCAACUAUCGGUCUAGUUAUCGCUUUUCCUUUACUAAAUCCUGGUGAGUGAGAUGGGGCCAGUCUACGCCCUUACGUUUUAGUAAUUCUAACACUUGAGUACUUUACUUAAACACUUACCUUUGACUAGUGGAAGUUGUUUGUAUUUCCGAUCUUAAAAUCUUAACUCUUAAACUUUGAGGGAGUUGAAGUUACUCUCCUCUCUUAAAACUCAAAUCUCGACUUAAAUACUUGACUGACACUGGGAUCCCCCACUAGCUAGUUCGGUUGCCAAUCAUACGUAUGAGAAGCCAUCAAGGCUUUCCUUAAACUUAAACUUAGUUAGGGAAGUCGUAACGAUUCAUCCCCCUAACAUCUUAAACUUAUCGUGGUGGCUCUUCACCACGAUUCUCAAGAGCAUAACUGCUGCUCAUCUUAGAAGUCUCAAGAGCAUAACUGGUGCUCUGUCAUAAAGAUCUCAAGAGCAUAACUGCUGCUCUAUUUGAAAAUCUCAAAUGGCAAUGGACUGGCGCUAGUGACUAAAAACACUUAAAACGACUUCACCUUCUUGAAGGUGAGUUACUUCUUAAAAAGAACUUGUUUCUUUAACUUAAACUUACUUGUAAGUAAAGCACACAACAACAUAAAAAUGGAAGCAUAACUCACACAAAUUAUAUGACAUCAUAUAAGCAUACAAAGGCAAGUACGGCACAUAGCAGUCAAAUCUCAAAAACUUAAAUACCGUAAGGCGUAGAAUUUACCCACUUUACACUCACCUUACGUCGAAGCGGAUUGAAUUGAAUCAACUACAGCAAUCGAUUUCCCUUCACUUGAUCACAUAUCCAUAGCCACGUAGCCACCCAAACCACCCCUUACUUCAUGGCCAUGCGAACCAAUUGGUGGCUCCCAACUGCUCCACUUUACACAUAUAGUCAAUUAAGUUUCCAAUCCCCAUUAUUAAACCAUAAUCAUCAUGUAGAGAAAUGACCACGUGAACCAAUUCCUAUCCUAGAGGUUUCAAUUCCUCGCUCUCACUCAAUUACCCUUAAGGACACAUGUAAUUCCAUCCAAAACAUUAGUAAUUUCCAACCCAAAUAACCCCAAUCAUCAAUUCUGGCCACGAAUCUCUUCCACAAGAAGACAAUGGACUUGGUCUAUUUAAUUCCCUCCACCAUGCUAUUCUUCCCACGCUAUGACUCCAUGCACACGAGAUAAAUAAACUUAAUAUACUUCUGCUUAGUUUCAAUUGAAAGCGAUCAUCCAUGGAUAAUCAACACUUAAUCGAUACCCAAUUCCAUGCAUGGCGUUCACGUAGCACCACAAUCGAUGAAGGUGAACAGAGUUACAGCCCUUACCUCUGUAUCACGGCUCCCCGGACCUCUGAUUUCUUCUCGUGAGUUGACCUUGCUCCCGCUCUCCAUGAUCCAUGACCCCGUCUCUUUCUUCUGUCGGGCCCAGCAACUCAAUCGCUCGGGUGGUGGCGUCAAGAUCGCCGUUGAGCGGCUGCAGAACUAGAGAGGCGGCAUGUGUGAACUUGAGAGAGGAGAACUGGCGAUUCUUCUGGGGGGAGGGAAUAAGGGUAAAGGAGCGGCGGAAAUGGUUCCUUGCCCCGAUAAAUAACUCUCUCUAGGAAUUAAGUAACGGGUGCCCAAGAGCCACCCUCUUGUGUGGGUUUGGGGUUUUGAUUCAUGACGAUAAUUAAUAGGGUUAUAGGUAUAAUAUGCUCCUCUACUAUGACGUUUUAUCAAAGAUGCCUCUCUACUAUUUUUUACAUUAAACAUGCCCCUGUACUUUGUAAAAAUGAUCAAACAUGCUCUUUUGUUAAAAUUUUCAUCCAAAAACCGUUAACCAAGGCCGAACUUUAGUUUGGGCGACACAAAUGACUAAAAUAUCCCUGAAAAUUUCACUAUAGAAUUUUUUUGGUUCUUUUGUAUAAUCAAAUCAUUCAAAUAAUUUCACUUUGAAAAGACCCAAAGAAAUAAAACAUGGGACAAAACUGACAUUUUUCUUCCCAUUUGCCGAUGUCGAGUCGUCUAAAUAUCGGUUCAACCAUGAUUGACGAUUUUUUCAAUGGAAAUUUUAACAGAAGGGCAUGUUUGAUAAUUUUUUCAAAGUACAGGGGCAUGUUUGAAAAAACGUCACAGUAGAGGGGCAUAUUAUACCUAUAACCCUAAUUAAUAAUAAUAAUCAUUAUAAUACUUAUUUCACGUUUGCAACCUCCCCGUCGGGAAACGAUCAAAUUGGGCCACGUCAAAUAUUCAGGCCUUGAUCCUUAGCCCGGUUUGGUUUAACUUGUUCGUACGUAACAAUUGAUUCAACCGUUCAUUUAUUAGGUCGAACCGGAACCUAAAAGUCGGGGUGUUACAAUCAACAUUCGCAACCAAAAGACACCAUUAAUUGUUUAUUUGAUAUUUUAGUAUUAUUUCAGUAGUAAUUGGAUUAAAGUAUCUCGUUUAGUAUAACCAUGCAAAUAUGGUAUUUGACAAAAACAGAGUGAUAAAAAGAGUUAUUUCGAAAGUACUCAUUGCUCAAAUAACUUCAGGGGUCGUUUGAAUGAGUUAUUAGAAUGAGUUAUUUCGGCUUAAAUAACUCGUUGUGAGUUAUUUGGGUCAAAAUAACACGUUUGUCAGCAAAAUAUGAGACAAAUUAAAAUAACACCUGUGGGUUUGAGUUUUUCAAACCCAGUGGGUUUUACCCUGGGUUUUUUUCACGGAUAAACCCAUGGGUUUGGGUUUGGGUUUGGCAAAACCCGACCCAACCCGACCCAUUGCCAUCCCUAUAUUUAUGUGUUGUGGUUGGAAGGUGCUGUGUUCGGAUCAUGGUUGUCAAACUGGUUUCGUGCCGGGUGGUUCAACCGGUAUCGGUCAGCAAACCGGCUAGAAAGGGGCCGGUAUUUAUCUAUGGUCAAAUCCGGUCAAUGCCGGUCAGUUCCGGUCAAAUCCGGAAAUUCCGGCCAGUUAGACCAGAAACCGGAAUUUAAUGUUACACACAGUAUAUAAAAAAAUAAACAUCCUACAUAGGAUUUGAACCAAGUACCUCAUGUUCAUUUUAGUUUAAGUUACACACCACUAGGAUAUAAGCAAUUUUGUUGUCUAUAUUAACCUUAUAUGUUAUGUAUCUAAUACUAAAUUUUACACAAAUCAUUAUAAACAUUAAUAAAAUUCAUUUAAUAAAAUUUUAUUUUAAGCAUCUAAUUGUUUAGUAUUAGUUACCAAUUCUUAGCUAUAAAUUAUUUUGUGUGAAAUAAUUCUUCUAAUUGCUUUUUCAUGACUAAUUUAUUUGGAAUUGAGGAUUUCCAUUUUCCUCAUGUAUUUUAUUAAAACCGGCACAACCGGCAUGAAUACUGGUUAUACCACGAUCAGACCAUUCCAUUUACAAAACCGGCACACCGGCAUAAACCGGUUUGACAACCUUGGUUCGGAUCUUUUAAGUGCACAUCUCGUUUUGUUUUUUUCAUUAACAGAGACUAGGGGGCAUUUUAGUCAUUUUCAAGGUAUAUAAACGUCUCUUAAGACGAAAAACCAACCCUAUACUGCUCUAACCCUAAACUACCAAGCGGCCGCCUCUCUCUCUCUCUCUCUCUCUCUCUCUCUCUCUCGUUUUCCUCUGCUCCUCGUUCUCCUCUAUUUCUCGAUUUUGUUCCACCAAACGACGGAGAUCGACGGUGGCAAAGUCAAACCGCCGCUGCUCCUCCGUCUUCCGCUUCCUUCUUCCUCUGUCUCUUUUGUUUCGAUCUUCUCCCUUCUCUGCUCCGCUCGAGAACAGGGAACGACGAUGGCACAGGGUCGGCGGCCGCCCCGAUCUUUCUUCUCCUCUUCCCUCUUCUGGUAAAUGAAGAGGAAGAAGGGCCAGAUGGCGACGGCGAUUGACGUCGACGACGACGUUCACGGCGACCCAGAUAAUUUCAUGUAAGGUAAGAUUUGGGCCUUGGGGGUUCAAUUGGUUUAUUUCUGAUUCAGAAUAUCUUUUUCGCGUGUUGAUUCUGGAUUUUUUCGAUCUCUGUGAGAGGAAAAGAAUGAAGAAGGCAAGCUGCUGAUAGAUUUUCAGGAGGCAAGGGAUCGCCAGCGGCGAUUGAUAGAGGAGCAAAGAAAGCGAGGAAGAGUUCUGGCCGGCGAGUACUCCCUGUGACGGCAGGGAGGGCGAAGAGUCGCCGCUCCCUGAUUCACCGGUGACGAGGGAGACCAAGAAGACGAAGAAUGAGGUUCUUCUAGGUAAGGCUUUUUAUUACUGUUUUGGGAUGAUUGAAUAUGGAAAUGGUUGUGGUAUUGGCGUGUUAGGUUCCAAAAUUUUGUGUUUUAUAGUGAUUGAAGUUGAAAUUUGUGUAUGGGUGAAAUAUUUGGUAUAUUUUGAUUGCGGUUUGUUUUCUACUGGGGAUGAGGUAUCUGAAAGGAAGGGAAAUGGGGAAGGAUGUUUGGAACCUCCGGCGAUGGAGGUGAAUCGUUUCUGGCCGAGACUACAACGAGGGUGAAAGAGCAGGAGGGUUCUACUAGGUAAGGGCAGGUGUGAUUCUCGUGGGGUCUUUAGUUGUUUAGGGUUUUGGCCUGGGUUUUGUGUUUUGAUUUCUGGGUUGAAUGUUGCGGGUCUAAAUUUGGGGGAUCUGGUGUGAUGGUUCUGAAUUCUGAUUCUGUGAAAAUUGUAUUUUAGAGCUGGGGAGCGGGACUUGGAACCACAAGAAAACUCAGGAUUUCGGUUCAAGUUCCAGAAUUUGUUAAAGCAAACAAAGUGGAAAGUUAACUUUGAAAAGACCGUCAACACUGCUAUUGUUUGUGUUUACUUUGUCUUAAUUUGUUUUAGUGUCAAAUUUGGUUCUUUGAGUUUGUGAUGGGUGAAAAGAAAAGAAUAUAACCAUUGCCGGUAGUCCUGGGUUUUGCCGGUGGCGAUGGCGACGUGUGCAAGGUAAAAGGCUAUUUGAGUGUUUGAUUCUGGAAAUUUUGUGGGGGUAAUAAGGUGUUUAGGGGUUUUGGUCCAGGUUUGGAUGAGGACAAAGAAAAGGGUGAUGGUGCCUUUUUCUAUAAGUUUUUAAGAAAGGUAGAAAAAUAUGAUGAAUGAGGAUUAAUUGGGGAUGGAAUUAAUUUAGAUCACCAACCUUUUCGGUGUCGUUUGGUGAAUGGUAUACUUGCUGCCUUCUCCCUAAGCCUUCUGGGGAAUUAGCUGGCUGCUUCAAUCCUGCUCCGUUCCCCUUUUUGGUGUUCUUGUUGUUGUGCUUUUUGUGUGUGGCCAAGGAAGAGAAGAGGAAAGGAAUAGUAAUGAGACUU